AGCUUUGACAUUGGGCUGUGUGAGAUAAGUUUUGCAGAUAAGCACCAAGUUUAAAAACAACCAACAUUAUCCCGAUAAGAGAGACGGAAGCGAGUCGUUAUUUAAAGACAGUCUAGCAGCAUUUUAUUGCAAUUGCAUUUGUAGUUGUUUGUUUUUUUCUUUUUUGUUUUUCGUUUAAAACCACGAAUUAUGCUGCCAGUAGUUCGCAAAAUGUUGUUAGCUGGCACUAUACUGUCUGCGGGUCUCGUUGGGUACCUCUGGAGGGACACGUUUGAAUCAGACUCGCUAAAGGGAGCCCGGGUUCUAGUCACUGGAGCCAGUACAGGGAUCGGGGAGCAGAUGGCCUAUCAUUACGCACGGUUCGGGGCGCAGAUCGUCCUCACAGCCCGGAGGGGAGCUGUACUGGAGCAGGUUGUAAAAAAGUGUUUGAAGUUAGGAGCUGAGAAAGCACUGUACAUCGCUGCAGACAUGGCAGUGCCUACAGAUCCUGACAGAGUGCUCAAGUUUGCAGCAAAGAGCUUGGGUGGUUUGGAUUACCUUGUGCUCAAUCAUAUCGGAUCCAGCCCUUUCCAGAUGUGGAAUGGAGAUGUGGAUCAUGCCCGCUGGCUCAUGCAGGUGAAUUACUUGAGUUACAUAGAGAUGACAAAUUCAGCCAUGCCCUUUCUGAAGCAAAGCAACGGAUCCAUUGUCGUAGUGUCUUCAAUUGCAGGAAUGAUUCCUACUCCAUUCACAGCUCCCUACUCAGCAACCAAGUUUGCGCUCAGCGGCUUCUUCGGAACUCUGCGGCAAGAGCUGUCAAUGAAGCAGGAGAGCAUCUCCAUCACAGUGUGCAUUCUGGGGCUGAUUGAUACCGAAUCUGCCUUGCGUAAUGUCAGGUAAGCUUCCCUCCGGCUGCCUGUGUGGCUGUACAACUGGGGCACCGACGAGGUGCACUUAGCCCCCCUUUUCCCUCUAAAUUGAAUUAGGAGCAUCCACAUAUGCUCUCACAACAGCUCAGUGGACAUUGUCCGAUCCCAUGACCAAGCCAAUUGUCUGCUUACACCCAGGCCAGUAGGGGCCGCUGUAGCGUAAAAAGGAGACACUACCUGUGGAAUCCCCAGUGAAGAUCACCAACUUUGCACAGCUAGCCAGAGGAAUGUUUGUGUUGUUCAUUUCAACUGUUGUACCAGUCUUGACAGUA